AUGUGGAUCAUCUCCGGCCCGUUCGAUGAGGACCACAACGAAGGCCAGGCUCCAGAGAAGAAGAAGCUGCUCAAGCCGGGCAAGACUUACGAGCUCGGUAGAAGAGAGCUCCCCCUCCAGAUCAAGAGCAAGGCUAUCUCGAAGUUGCACGCCUCUUUUGUCGUUGGUACUUGCGAUGAGGACCAGGCGACGGACCCGAGCUUCAUCCCGACGCUCACUCUUCGCAAUCUGACCAAGCGCGUCCGGCCGGUGGAACGCCCCUCUCUGCAAACGCCCCGCAUGGCUUGUCAGGGAGACUCCAGUAUGGAGCUGACAGCACUUCCAGGCAUCCACCUCGUCCCGACCCCGCACCCCGACGUCACCCACCACCUUGCCCCCGCGUACGCCCUCACGCCUGCCAUCGCGACCUCGCUGCUGUCCGUCGCAACGUUCGUGAAGCCGGAAUGGCUCGGCGCGGUCGUCGCGGCUGGCACCGCGGCUGAGGAAGGCGAGCCCGCGGCGCUCGAGACGACGUACGUGCUGCCGUCGACGCGCACGUACCGGCCAGGAUUUUCUCCGGGGCUGCCGGCGCCGCUGAAGAAGCACGAGGUGUGGGAGCCGAACGAGGAGCGCGCGACGCUGUUCGCCGGGUGCGUGUUCGUGUUCGUGGGCGAGAAGGGGGCGGAAGCGGGCACGGGCAUGCACGAGCUCGUGAAGAGGGGGCGGGGGAGCUGCGAGGCGUUCGCGAUUGACAAGGGCAUGGAGGCGUUUCAGAGGACUUUGGGUAAGGCGCAGGCGAAGGGGACGAGUGUGGUGCUGGUGGCUGCGAGCAGCUCGGCCGUCGCGGCGGUCGGGAAGGAGGGGUGGAGGGAGCUCGUGCAGGUGGCGAGGAGGUAUGCUGUGAGAUUGCGGUUUGUGGAGCCAGAGAAGAUCGUGGACGCGGCGGCUUAUGCUCAGCUCGACCAUGUGGAUUCUGCUUGCGACGCCCAGGAUGAAGUCGAAGACUCACUAUUACCAGAUGGCGUCCCAAACUCUAUUGAAAAUGAACCAUCCAUCAAUCCUACCGGGGCUGUUUCUCAACAGGCGGAGACAGAGCCACCAUUACAACUCACAAGAAAGAGGCCGCUCCGACGAGCAACAUCCCACGGGGGUUCACGAGCUCCCUCACCUCCUCCUGCGCGAGAGCCCGUAUCACAAGCUGUACCAGAUCCAGCCCCUGAACCUGUAGUGGAGGCCCCGCCGCCAACAGCGGCUCCACCUCGUCGGGCAUUGGUGAGAAGGGCUCGAGCCAGGGAUCCUACUCCCUCCGAAGACAUAUCGGCAGCUGUUGCUUUGAACAGGGCGUCAGUGGAACCUUCUGAAGAACCGGUUUACUCUGAAAGUGUGCCGCCUACGCCUUCCCGUCCAUCAAGACUGAAGAGACGUGUAGGCACCCACGCACAGAAUGCCGCGUCUGUUCCGUCGUUCCUUGCAUCAGAGGAGCCGGGGUUCGUUCCAGAGGCUAAAGAGCCCCCGCUUAAGAAAUUCAAGUCGCUCUUCGAGGAGAGCGAUCCCGACCGGGUGUCCAAAAUGAGCGUCGACGAGUAUUCAAGCCAGCAUAUGGCCAGCGGAGGGAGUACCACCCAGUACGAACCGUCUGCGAUGGCGGGAGGAGCGAGCGGCAGCCUCACGAGCACGUCGACUGACGGGGUCCGCGUCAGGAGGCAGCUGGGUGUCGUGCCCGAAGAAGAGGAGGAAAGCUCGUUGCAGAGCCAAACACGCGGCGCGAAGCGGAAGCCGAGCGGUGGGGAGGAGGACGAGGCGAUGGACGUCAAGCCCCCGCGACGAAAGAGGAAGGUCCAGAUGGAGGAAGACGAAGCUCCCGCCCAGACUCAGGCGCAGACUGAGGCGCCACCGCCUGCCAAACCGAUGUCCAAGAUUGUGACGCGCGUGGACAUGGCGCAGUCGCAGGUGUAUGUGAAACCGAAGCCGGCGUCGAAGGCGAAGGACACGCAGCAGGCCGCGGACGACGUGGACAAGGACGUGGCGUUCCUGAAGGCGGUCGCGUCGACGAAGCGGGGGAAGAAGACCGAAGACACGUUCGACCGCGAGUUCAACAACCUGCGGAUCUCGAGGCCAGACCUGGAGUACGAGCGGCAGGACGAGGAGUGGAAGAUACUCGAGGAGUUUGGGGACGAUGGGGACAAAGUGUUUGGCGAGCGGGCUCGUCCCCUGGAGGUGUAUGUGCAGGAUCAAUGUGACAUGGGUCUCGGUUCUCAGUACUGGAAAGGGUCCUCUCAAACCCAGCCGUCCGUAGGGUCCAACUCUCAGUCGCAGCCACUCACGAUCGAGACGAAGGGCACAAAAGGGACGAGGAACGCUUCCAGCCAGCCGACAACACAACACCGAGGAUCCAAGCACCGUCCACAGCUUGUCUCAGACUCCGAGGAAGAGAAACCAGUUAUUGUGGAUACCACCACGCAGAGCGGAACACUGAAGUCCGGUCAAUCGCAAGGGAAGGAAGCCUCCGAACGACGGAGAGGGACAAAGCGGCCACUGUUCAUACAGUCCGACGAAGACGAAAAAGACGAGGACUGGACUAUGGCUGCCGCCCCCGAGGCUGGAGCAGGGUCAGACGAUGAGGAGAUGGGAGGGACGCUGCGGUCAACCGGACGGGAGAAGAAGAUGCAAACGACAGGGCGGGGGAAGAGUGCAGGGACGCGGCGGAAGGCGCCGGCGACGGUGGUGGACGACGAUUCGGACGACGGGGCGACGUUCAAGGCGUUCGGGGCCCGGGCGAAGACAAGGAGACGAUGA